AUGGAGGAGUCUCCUCCCUCCUGCCGGCUGCUGCACAUUGGCCAGCGAGCCUCCCUCACCAAAGCGUUUUCCUCUCACGAUGUGGAGCUGUUUGCUGAGCUGACUGGCGACACCAACCCCUUACACCUGGACCCCACUUACGCUCGCACCACCUCCUUUGAGAUGCCCAUCGUCCAUGGCGUCCUCAUCAAUGGGCUGAUCUCGGCCGUGCUCGGAACCAAGAUGCCCGGCCCUGGCUGCAUCUUCCUGUACCAGGAAAUCCGAUUCCCUGCACCGCUGUAUGUCGGCGAGGAGGUGUUGGCUGAAGCUGAGGUCCGCAAGAUCAAAAUGUCAUUUGCCUUCAUUGCUGUGACGUGCUCAGUCAAGGACAAGGUGGUGAUGGAGGGGGAGGUGAUGGUGAUGAUGCCUGAGGAGCAGCAGCAGAGGGAGUAA